AUGACAUAUUUGGGGGAGAUGACCUUCUUCCUUGGGAUGGAGACAUGCCAAUCUCCACAUGGCAUAUUUAUCUGUCAGAGAAAACAUGCAAAUGAGAUCUUGAAGAAGUUUAACAUGGAGAGUUGUAAUCCACUGAGUACUCCACUAGUUCUAAACCAAAAGAUGAGCAGAGAUGGUGGAGGUUGCAAAGUUGAUGAAAGUAGAUACAAAAGCAUGAUCAUAAUCAGACUUGAUCUCAUGUAUGCUGUAACCUCUUAUCGAGGUUCAUUUCAGAAAAUGGUCAAGGAACUUGACCUUGUUCAAAUCACAAUGAAAGGCAAUGCCAAUGGUUAUCCCUUCUGUGACAUGUAUCAUCGAGACAUGUCAGAUAUAAUUUUCAAAAAACUCGGCCCCUUAAAUAACUCACUACUUCACGUGGCGGCAAGCUCCGGUAAUGAAGAGCUCACCAAGCUCAUGGCUGAUCAAUUUCCAAAUUUGAAUAUCGAGACAAUCUCCCACGGCGACACUCCACUUCAUGUUGCCGCUAGAGUUGGCAUGCUUCACACAGCGGAAAUACUAGUCGACCAUGCAAAAAUAUAUCACAACUUGCAUCCAGACGAACCACACCCGCUGAGGAUGAAGAACAAUGAAGGAAACACAGCUUUGCAUGAGGCUUUAUUAGCGCUACAACUAGCUCCUAAAUCCAAGCAUUCUAAAAAUCCAGCGAAGAAAGGUGAAGGAGAUGAAAUGGCUUAUUUAUUGGCGGAACAUACAGGUCCGGAGCAUGUGUGCAAUUGCGGGAACAAGGCAAAUCAGUCUCCUUUAUGUCUGGCGGUUGAGUAUGGCAACCGGCACUUUCUUGAAAUUUUUUUUAAUGUUAUACCUGUACCUGAUCGUGUUGACUGUUCAGCUACUGCAAAGUGCCUGGUGCAACUCAUGGCUGAGGAUAAAUUAAAUUUAGAGGUAUUGGAAUUAAUUCAUAAGGAGAAGCCGAAGCGACUAGACGCACGAGAUGAAGCUGAGAACACUCUACUUCAUAGUGCAGCAUCCACAGGCCAUCUGGAGGAAGUUCGUUAUCUCUCAGAAAUUAUGAGUGAUAACGUUUUAUAUAAAAAUAAACAAGGCUCCUAUGCUAUCCAUGUUGCAAGUGAAAAGGGGUACGUCAAAAUUGUGAGGGCGUUGCUUAAACAAUGGCCUUAUCCAAAUGAAAUCCUCGAUGCUGAAGGCCGGAGCAUUCUUCACGUCGCGGCCAAGAGUGCGAACAAGUAUCUGGUGAGGCACAUAUUGAAGUGGAACAAAUCGGAUUCGGAUAUGCUUAUUAACAUGAAGGACCGCGAUGGAAAUACACCUUUGCAUUUAGCAGCAAGGCAUGGCCAUUGCUUGGUGCUGGGUACUCUUUUGCUCUACAAGCGAAGAAACGCAGCUCUUAAGAACAAGACAGGCCGCACGGCCUACGACAUUGCUUUUAAUGUCGUGAAGCAAUCUGAUGAAAUGCUAGAUGAAGAGAAUAACAAAGAGGUACCUGAUAAACAGUCUGAGAAGGACAAACAUGUUGAUGCGAAGGUUGUUGGUGUGACUAAGAAUGAGAAACCUUCUGCAAAAGUAGAUCCCUCCACACCAACUCGAUUUGGAAUGGUAUAG